GUGAAUACCAAAAUUAUCUCCAGGGCUUGUUAAAAACUGUAUGGCUGAACUCGCGCCUGCCUCAAGAGAUUCUGAUUGCAAUAGUUCUCAUUCAGACAUAAAAAUUUUUCAUUUUUAUGUUUCCAGGUGAUAUUGAUGCUUUUGGUGCAGUUGGAACAUGUAAGAACCACUGUCUUAACUAUAUUGUUAAUAUCUCAGUGUACCUAGUAUUUUGAGAAUCUACCAUGUGCCAUAAGUCUGAGAAUGCACUGAUGAAUAAAAGGCAAAAUCCCUAUGCUUGCAAAGCUUAUAGAGGAGAAGUCAGACAAUAAAUAAGUCAACAGCUAAAUACCUGUUUACAAGUUCUUUGUAAACGGAUACAGGGUAGUGGCAGAGGUACUGGUGCUUGUCUGAUCGGGGAAGCAGCCCCUCAGAAGGUACUGAGAGAUGAGAGGUCAACUGAGAGAAGAAGGGGAGGAUACAUUCAAGGCAGACUAGUGACUUCAUGAGGAUCUUGGGUGGCAAAGAGCUUCGUGUGUUUGAAAAACUGAAAGGUGGCCUGUAUGGCAGGAACACAGAGACUGAGAAAAAGACUGCCCGAGAGGAGAGAGAGGUAAGCUGGCACAGUGUGGCAGGGACCUACAAUGGGGAGAUGGGGAGAUGGGGUUUUAUCUUAAAUUGAAUUUCAAAUAGAUUUCUGUUAUAAGACCAGUUUGCCCUGAGGCAGGGAGCAAUGGUGGAGGUGGGAAUGACAUUAUAGAACUCCAGCUGAAAGUGAGAGUGGUUUUGGACAAGAGUGAUUGGAGUUGGGAUGAAUACAUCAGAAAGUUCCCCACAUUAGAAUGUGGAAAACACUAAAAUAUCUAAGCACAGAGGUGGCAGUGACUCAGAAUCCCUAGUAAUAUGGAAUACAGGUCAAGAAAGUAAAGUGGUUAUAAAGCAAAGUUAUAUUAGUGUGUGUGUGUAUGUGUGUGCAGUGUGUGUAACACCAGUAACAGAAGUGGGGAUGAGCAUGAUUUUUUUAAUUCUCUUUAUUGUGCAAGAAAGCAAUGCAUGUUACUACAAACAUUUCUAAAUUAACAUAUGUCAUUGAAAAAUCUGAUUUUGGGUAGACAGUCAUAUGUUGAAUUAAUGAUUCAGUUGUGUUAGUGUGUAUGCAUGCGCAUACCCAUGAGUGAACACAAGGUAUAGUGGGUACAAAAUGAGAAAAAUGUUUCAUAUUGGGAAUGAGUCUUAAAUGCUAAAGUGCAUAAGAAUUAUUCUAUCAUUUCACAGUCCUUUCAGAUACCAAUAGCACAGACAUGACACUUGUAGAUCUUGAAGACAAUCAGCCUUUUCCAUGCACAGCUGCCUUUGUGCUGUUUUUUCUUCCUAGGUCUCCCCACACUCAAUUCUACCUCUAUUCAUAGGGCUCAUGUAACAUCACUUCUGAAUAAGUGUAUUUAAGAUAGUUACUGCAGCAUUGAUCUCAUAGAACUCACCCCCAAAAUAACACACAUCACACGAAAGUGUAAUCUCUAUGUCCUCCUAUAUGUCUGUGAUUCAAUUACUCUCUUAAAGCAGGAGCACCAUGAAUUUCUUUUUUCAUAAUUACCUUAGUGCCUUACUUAAAGGAUGAUUCAUAGAAAGAACUCAAGAUAAACUUGUUAAAUGCGCGUGGGUUGAGCAUUGUGGUGUAGUGGGUAAAGACGUCUCCUGUGAGGCCGACCUUCCAUAUGGGUGCCAGAUAAUGUCCUGGUUGCUCCACUUCCAAUUCAGAUCCAUGUUUAUUGUCUGGAAACAGCAGUGGAGGAUGUGCCUGGGUCCCUGCACCCACACAGGAGACCUGGAUGAAGCUCCUGGCUCCUGGCUUCAGCCUGGCCCAGUGCUGGCUGUUGAGGCUAUCUGAAUGACAUGAAUUACAUAGCAUCCAGUGGACUUCUAUUCAAAGAUGGCAAAAAACGAAUUGACUACAUCCUGGUUUACAGAAAGACAAAUAUACAAUAUGACAAAAGAAACACAUUUGAAAAGAACCUCAGAGCAGAGGGCUUGAUGUUGGAGAAGGAGCCAGCUAUUGCAAGCCCUGAUAUCAUGUUCAUUAAAAUUCACAUACCAUGGGACACGCUGUGCAAGUAUGCAGAGAGGCUGAAUAUCAGGAUGCCCUUCAGGAAAAAAUGCUAUUACACUGACCAAAGGAGCAACUCAAUGGGCAGAAUGCAAAAUUAUUUUAAAAGAGUCAAAAACUGGAUGUCUCGUAACCCCAUGGUUCUCGACAAGUCAGCUUUCCCAGAAUUAGAGGGAUCGGACUGCUAUACUGGUCCCUUCAGCCGGGCACGAAUUCACCACUUCAUAAUAAACAAUAAGGACACCUUCUUCAGCAAUGCUACUCGAAGCAGGAUAGUCUAUCACAUGCUGGAGCGCACCAAAUAUGAAAAUGGGAUAUCAAAAGUGGGUAUUCAAAAACUUAUAACCAAUGGUUCAUAUAUAGCAGCGUUUCCUCCACAUGAGGGAGCCUACAAGAGUAACCUGCCCAUCAAAACCCAUGGACCUCAGAACAACAGACAUCUAUUAUAUGAGCUCUGGGCACGCUGGGGAAUGUGGUACAAGUACCAGCCUCUGGAUUUAAUCAGGCUAUACUUUGGUGAAAAGAUUGGUCUAUACUUUGCUUGGCUUGGAUGGUACACUGGAAUGCUGUUUCCUGCAGCAGUUGUAGGGUUGUGUGUUUUCUUCUAUGGAUUGAUUACAAUGAACGAAAGUCAAGUAAGCCAAGAAAUUUGUAAAGCCUCUGAGGUCUUCAUGUGCCCACUCUGUGACAAGAAUUGCUCCCUUCAGAGACUCAAUGACAGCUGCAUCUACGCCAAGGUGACUUAUUUGUUUGAUAAUGGAGGGACAGUCUUCUUUGCUAUUUUUAUGGCAAUAUGGGUGUUACAUGAGGAACGUGGCAUUGAGUUUUCCAUCACUUCCCGUAAUGAGAAUCCACAUAUCAUGAGUCAACAAAUCUUGUGCAGGUUUCAUCAUCUAGAAAAUUUGGCAGUAAGUCUUCACAUUUCCAAGCCUGCAAAUGCUCAUUUGAAAGCCACAGUCUUCCUGGAGUUUUGGAAAAGGAGAAGAAGUAUACUGACAUAUACUUGGGACCUUAUGGAAUGGGAAGAAGAGGAGGAAACACUUCGUCCCCAGUUUGAAGCCAAGUAUUACAAGAUGGAGGUUGUUAAUCCCAUCACAGGAAAACCUGAGCCACAUCAGCCCUCUUCAGACAAAAUCAGUCGUCUUCUUGUAUCUGUCUCAGGAAUAUUCUUCAUGAUUUCCUUGGUGAUUACUGCAGUGUUUGCAGUAGUGGUGUAUCGCCUUGUCGUCAUGGAACAAUUUGCAUCAUUUAAGUGGAAUUUCAUCAAACAACACUGGCAGUUUGCAACAUCUGCUGCUGCUGUCUGUAUCAAUUUUAUAAUUAUUAUGCUGCUGAAUCUUGCUUACGAAAAAAUUGCUUACCUUCUCACAAAUUUAGAAUAUCCUCGAACAGAAUCUGAAUGGGAAAACAGCUUUGCCCUGAAGAUGUUCCUCUUCCAGUUUGUCAAUUUAAACAGUUCUAUCUUCUAUAUUGCUUUCUUUUUGGGGAGAUUUGUAGGCCACCCAGGAAAAUACAACAAACUUUUUAACCGGUGGAGACUGGAGGAAUGUCAUCCUAGUGGCUGUUUGAUAGACCUCUGCCUCCAGAUGGGUGUUAUUAUGUUUUUGAAACAAAUAUGGAACAACUUCAUGGAACUGGGAUACCCGUUGAUUCAGAACUGGUGGUCACGCCUUAAAAUCAAGCGGGGAAUGCAAGACACUUCCAUACCUCAGUGGGAAAAUGACUGGAAUCUGCAGCCUAUGAACAUUCAUGGCCUGAUGGAUGAGUACUUAGAAAUGGUUUUGCAAUUUGGCUUUACCACCAUCUUUGUUGCUGCGUUUCCUUUGGCACCUCUUUUGGCUUUGUUAAACAACAUCAUUGAAAUCAGGCUGGAUGCAUACAAAUUUGUCACCCAGUGGCGGAGGCCUCUACCAGCUCGAGCAACUGACAUAGGUAUCUGGCUUGGAAUUCUUGAAGGAAUUGGUAUAUUGGCUGUGAUCACCAAUGCAUUUGUAAUUGCCAUUACGUCUGAUUACAUCCCACGUUUUGUCUAUGAAUACAAAUAUGGCCCCUGUGCACAUCAUGGAGUACAGAAUGAAAACUGCUUAAAGGGUUAUGUCAAUAACAGCCUAGCCUUCUUUGACCUGAGUGAGCUCGGCAUGGGGAAUUCUGGCUAUUGCAGGUAUCGUGACUACAGAGGGCCCCCUUGGAGUUCCAAACCCUAUGAGUUCACCUUACAAUACUGGCACAUCCUUGCUGCUCGAUUGGCCUUCAUUAUUGUGUUUGAGCACCUUGUUUUUGGAAUUAAGUCAUUCAUCGCAUACCUGAUUCCAGAUGUACCAAAGGGCCUCCGUGAACGAAUACGACGAGAGAAGUACUUAGUCCAAGAGAUGAUGUAUGAGGCUGAACUGGAGCAUUUGCAACAAGAACGGAGAAAAAGUGGUCAGCCUGUUCACCAUGAAUGGCCUUAGUUGAUACCUGUUACUGAGGGGAAGUGAUACCAUUAAUGUGAAGGAAUGUUUAUGACUUCAAAUUCUAGGUGGGAUCUAGGAGGAUGGCACACCUGGCAAACCAUAUUAUAAUGUGCUACUUGGAAAUGUGUCACAGCCAGUUCUGGGGUUGGGAAUAUUCAAGCUUCUAGAACAGAAAAAAGAUGAUCAUGAACCCAGAAGAGGGUUAGAUUUACAUUUCAUGAAGCUUGGAUCUAACUCUCAGAACAAGAGUCAUGUGUUUGUAGAUCCCUGCUUUCCAUUAGCGGCAUUAGACUUGGAAGGGUGAUGGUAAGGUUUCUAGAGACAGAUUUCCAUGUAAAUGUCCACAAACCAAGCAUGAAAUAAAGUAUCAUGUGGUCUUCAUUCACAUGCUGAUCUGACUGUAGAACCUCCUGUUGAGUUGAGAUGCUUACAGGUAAUGACCUAAAUCAAUUUUUGCCUUUGCUGCCAAAACUCCCUUUCCUUUCAGCUUACAGGUUGGUAAGAAUUGCCCCUGUCUGUUGCUGAGAUUUGUAUCUGUGCCAUAGCACAAUUAUGCUGCUCUAUGUUCACUAUGCAGUUGAAAAUUUGCAUAUCACCUUUAGUAGUCAAACCAAAAACUAAGAUUCCAAAAAGAAUAUCAUUCACUGACAUAAUUUUAAUUGCAUUGGCUUCAUUCAAGUCUGUUUAAUCACUGGCAGAACCAGUUGCACUGCACAAUUUUUUGUACUAAAUGCCAAUACAGUCACAGAUUUUUACAACAUGAAUGGUUAGUCUUGUAUUAUUUAGAACACAACUAUUUAUACUCUACUAAAGAAGUCUAUCUUGAAUAUCUUUAAUUUUUCAUGCUGUAAUUUGUUACAGCUGUCACAGAAUGUUACCUUGAAAUGCUGUAAAUAUAUUGGUUUUCCUUGACAGUAUAUAAUGCAAGUUACAGUUCCUACAGCUCUGAGACCAAUUAGUCUGUAUACUACUGUUAUAUCUCUAUUCAGGAAAGCUGAAGCAAAAUGCUCAGCAGCACUUAUGCUUUCACAAUAAUGUGCACUCUGAUUCAUGAGCUAAUGAAAAUAAUGCACGAAUGUGAAUUUAUAUUGUUUGUAAGAUAAUACAUUUUUGAAUUUUACUUUUUCAUCACUGAAGGAAGUUUUCUGUUGUGAUUUCUUUGACAGAUUGAUUUGGUUUAUUUAAGAAUUCUAUAAAAAGGAAGUCAAAUUAAUUGUGGAAGAUAUAAUCGUGCUUUGCUAUAGAAUUCCCUUUUCCUUAUCAACAUCCUGAUGAAGCAGGAACAAUGUGGGUAUUCAACUAAAGAAAGUUGAGAGGAGGCAUAAGCUGAGCUGAAGGGAGAGAAAAUGUUGUAGAAUUAAAUACAAGUUUUCUUGUAAAACAAGGAAAUCUAAGUUUUUCUGCCCUUAGAAUUGAAGGAAUCAGAUACACUCACACAUGUUUUAUGUAUGUAUAUAUAUGUAUACAUAUGCAUAUGCAUACAUAUGUAUAUGUGUACAUAUACAUAAUUAUUGUUUUAUGCCCAGUGAGGCAAAGUAGAGUUAUUUACAAAUUUUAAAAUAUCAGAUUAAACAUAGUAGAACUAACGUGACUUUGUAUACAUGUGAAUAUUUCCUAGUAAGAAAGUUAUAGAAUUUAUUUUGCUAGGAAACUUUUAUAAUUCAAAAGCUGAAUAGAUUAUAGUUGCUUCAUUGUUUCUUUGGUCAAGAAUACUCACUUCUCUGUUUGCCCAGUGUUUCAGAGGAAAGGGAAGAGUCUGAGACCCUAAACAGGCCUCCCAAACCCCUGCUAAAUGCAACUUCUCCCUCAGACUCUAGCAAUUAAUACCACUAGCCACACAAGAGAGAUUUAAUUGGGUACACAAAGCAGAGAUAUUUGUCUUAUAGUAGAGCUAAUAAUAAUAAUAAUGGUAACUGUGUCCUGAAAACUCCUCUCUUUCCAAGUUCUUACAUUGUUCCAUCAUGGUUUAAAAUAAUUUUGAUUCUUAGGAAAAAGAGAAAGAUAUUUUAUGAAAGGUUAUAUAUUGAUUUAGAAAAUGCUUUCUCUGCUAUUCUUGAAACAGAUGUGAAAAAUAGAGAAAUAAAACAUUACCUGACAUGUUUCUUUUGUAAAGAAUUGCAGUAGAAGUUAGCUAUGCCUUCAUCAUUGACAGUUAAAUAUUGAUAGACCUUCAUAAUAUCUUAGUUUCAGAUCACUCUGCUUUAGGUUAGAGAAAUAUUUUAUAACAUGAAUUUCAUAUGAAUGCAAAUUAUUUCUCAAGGAUUUAUAGCACACACUAUUUUCUCAGGAACUCUGGAUUACAUGAAUGCUGCUUAUAUAUUUUCUAUUCUAGCUUGUCUUUUCAAGCAAAUGACUAAUAUAUAUGUGCAUGCAGACUGCCUUGACAAGUUAUUCAAAGCUGAAGAGCUUGCACAGUACAGUGUGUGGGAAACUGCUCUAGAAUGUAGCUGAAACAGUUUGAAAUUGUUUUAGUCUUUGCACGCACUUUCAGAGAAAAUGCUGCUGAAUGACUGCAUGAUACCACUUCUAAAUGCUGCACAUUCUUCCAAAACUGCUCUUAGCACAAUCUAUUGUACAAUGAAAUAAAUAGAAAACUUUUUAACUCAAUAAAUUAUCCUUCAAUAUGGUAUUUUUCCUAUAAUUUGCAUGUUAACUUUAAUUAUUCUUCUUUUAUAAAUGUUAAAUUGAGAUUUCUGAAGUAUGUAUGGGGAGGGGCAUUGCUCAUUCUUUAGGUCUAUGGGGAAAUAAUUUCUUAUUCUUAAAAGCUUUUAUCCCACUCUUGAAAAGUUUUGACUAUUCUUCAGAUAAUAGCAUUAUUAUCAUCAAGCCAUUUGCAUGUUACCAUGCAAAUGGAAUACCACACUCAUCCUAAUCGUGAUUUCUGCUACAAGAUAUGAGAGGGUAAUAAUAUUUCUAUCAGACAGCUCUUUUUUGCAUGUAUACCGGUUCCAUAAUUACCAUGAAAACCUGCUUGGAAAAGGAAUUUUUCUGUACAUUAAAGUAUAUGCCAAGGGGGAGGACAUGCGGGGCACUGUAGCCAGCUGUCAAUAAUAUGCUACCGAUUUCUCCAUUUUUUAAUUUGAUGGUCAAAAUUGAAAAUUCAUGUUGUCUGCAGAGUUACUUAGUUGAUAUGACUAUAUUACUAGCCAGUCAGUCAACUGACUGGUAAACAUAGGUCCAGGAUAUGUUUGUGUGUGUGUAUAUCUGUGUGUGUGCACUUGAACUCACAUUAUUGUCAUACUCUUUGUGAAAGAGUCAGUGAGUACGAGGUCUGUUUAAGACAUGUGUAAUUCAGUCCUUUUGUGGUCAUCAGAUAUUUCUUCUGCACACUCCCACCCCUAUCAUAGUAUUGUAAUGGGCUCCAGGGAUAGUUUUAGUUUUAUUCAGUGAAUCAAUUAGCAUCUUGUCUCAUUCCUGGUAUCCUUAAGAGCUCAGAAGAGAGCCUUUUAGGAAUAGCACGGAAAACUUAGUUUCUGAUGGAAAAGUAAGCAUUUUGCUGCAGGCAUUUCUACCUGAAAUGAAGUUUGCUUGAAUCAUUGAUCAAUCCAGAUGCCUGCUAACUAGAACUUAUGUCUUUGUAGUGGAGACAAGUUGUCUUCAAAUGAACUUUCCAUCUGGGUCCAUAUGAAAAACCAUACUCAAGACCACAUUUGAUGGCUUGCUUUCUAGAAAAAUGUAAGAUACAGCCCCUGCCUCCUAGCAGCAUUCUACAUGGUGGAGUCUUUAUCAGGAACGCAAAAUGAAAGCCGACAGCUGACAGACAAGAGUCUCAUAAUUGGCAUCAAAUUCAAUCUCUGGUACUGUCAAUGGAAAUUUAUAGAUACAGUCAUACUGCUUUAUGACUGUGCCAGUAUAAUACUCCCUAGGGAAGGCCUCCUGUUCCAGACUCAACUGGUCCCAAGUAGGAUUCUACAUUGCACCAGACAGUCAACUGUCUGGAUGUUGUUUUACACAUUUCCCUAAGAAGGAAGAAGUUGAGAGUUUUCAAGACUAAGCAUGCACUGACUUCCUCAACACCUUUUUUUUUUUCUCAUUUUAAUUCCCUGUGGGGAAAAAAAAGACAAUGUCUGCUCUCCUUGUUUUCCAGAAAGCAAAAUAUCCUAAAUUAUUUGUUGAAAACAGAAGUUAAGCAGACCUGUUUAAAUCAUACACACACACACACACACACACACAUACACACAAAUAUUGUUAUGUGGGCAGCUAGUCCCACAUAAUACUCAAGCUGCCUCAGUAUCAUUUUAAUUAUGUUGCCAGUGUCCACACAACUCAAUGCCACCAGAUGAAUUCUUUCAGGGAAACAUAAUAUCUUUUCUGACAAGCACUAUGAAUCAAUUUUUCCCAAUGAUUGUUUUCCAGUAUACUUUUCUUGAUUCAUUUGUCUAAGUGAAAAGAAAGUAUUUUAAUGGCUUGAAAAUUCUGACAACAAAGUUAAAUAAAUAUAGAAGCAAUGUUUUGGAAAUGGCACUCAACAGAAAGAAGGACUUUUUUCCCUCUUUUUCUUAUUUUUAUGUCUUCUUUUUUUUACCCUUAUCUAUAUUAAUUUUAGAUUCUGAUGGCAUCUUAUUUUCAGUGUUGUAGGUGAGAAUGCCCUUAAAAAUUUAUGCAAUUUUUCUUUCAAGGUUGUGUGUCCACUGGCCUGAUUAUUGUAUUUUUAAAAUAGCAAAGUGAUAUUAGGGUUCUGGAAUUGUCAAGGGAAUGUGCACAUGGAUAGAGGAGACAAAGCACAAACAUUUUGGCUUUCAGCAAACACAUUAAGUUGCAAACAUAUAUUUAGUCAGAUAAUUAUAAACAUUUUUUUUACUCUCUAUGAUUUACAUGAAAAUAUUUAAAAUAUACAGUAUAUAUUGUUAAUCAUUAAGCAGUCCUUCCAAGCUGUCACCAAAAAGUAAAGCCAAUUUAAGGAAGCUGUGCUCACUUGAGAUAGUCUGAUCAGUUUUUGAGAUCAUGCCUACAGGUCAACAUUCUUGAAAGUAGUAUCUAGAAAAGAUACAGAAACAUUUAUAGUCCAUCUUUCAAAUCAUUCAGUAACAUUACCUAAUUGCUUAAUUGUCUGUAAGUUCAGUCUAACUAUAUUAUAAUCCUACAGUUAAGUCAUUUGGGGAUUGCUGACUUAUUUUCUUACAUGGCAGUUAUAUUAGGACAUUACAUAAAUAUACUACAUGAAACUCUUUUUAGUUUUUUUAUGUGUCUAAUGGAGAUUCUGUAAUGAGGACUAGGCAUUCUGAAUGACUGUGUAUAUACUUACUUUAACAUCUUAAAACACAAAUGAAUUGUGAUUUCUGGAAACUCCUGGGAACAAAGGUCAAAUUCCAUAAAAGAUAACAGCAUUAGAUACUUUUUUUCUUGAUUAAUAGUUCUUAUUUUAUUAAUUUACAGAUUUUUCUUGAUGCUUCUUUCUGUGUGUGUUUAUGUGUGUGUGUGUGUGUGUGUGAGAGAGAGAGAGAGAGAGAGAGAGAGAAUUAUGUGGUCUAAGCACUGGGUAUACAAAGUAUAACAAA